UUUCCUUUUAGAAGAUUAGUUCUAGGAGAGAAAACAUCAGCUGAUGAUUUCAAUAUUGUCCCAGCUACUUGGCACAUUAACUAGACUCACCUGGGAACCUUAAGUAGAGAGGUGCAUCCCCCGACGGGCCUGCUGGCUCCUCAAGCUGAAGUAGGCUGUGCUUUGUAAAGCUGGUCAUAAAAAAAAAACCCAGCAUGCUGAAGAUGGAGCUCAGAGGCAGAGCACUUGUCUAGCAUAAACAACCCUGGGUUAAUCCGAGCUCCAACAGGGAAACAGUCUGCAGACUGAGAGAACCGAGCAUUCUAUCAGAACCCCGCAGCUCUGGAUUCUAGGUCCAGCAGCAACCAGAGAGACCAUGCAGGUCAUCCUUGCUGUGAUAGUCUGGAUGGCUUCGUCUGUGUCUAGUUCUUCAUUUACAGCAAGCACUUUGCCAGAUAUAACAAACGAGGACUUCAUUAAAGAAUGUGUUCAAGUUCACAACCAGCUUCGGUCAAAAGUGAGUCCACCAGCCCGGAAUAUGCUGUACAUGUCUUGGGACCCAAAACUAGCCCAAAUUGCAAAAGCAUGGACAAAAUCUUGUGAAUUUAAACACAACCCACAGCUGCAUUCACGGAUACACCCAAAUUUCACCGCCCUGGGAGAGAAUAUCUGGCUUGGCUCUCUAUCCAUCUUUUCAGUAUCCUCAGCCAUCUCUGCCUGGUAUGAAGAAAUUAAGCACUAUGACUUCAGCACUAGGAAAUGUAGACAUGUCUGUGGCCAUUAUACUCAGGUUGUUUGGGCAGACAGUUACAAACUUGGCUGUGCAGUGCAACUUUGCCCUAAUGGAGCAAAUUUUAUAUGCGACUAUGGACCAGCAGGAAAUUACCCAACGUGGCCAUAUAAGCAAGGAGCCACGUGCAGUGAUUGCCCAAAAGAUGACAAGUGUCUCAACAGUCUCUGCAUUAACCCACGACGAGACCAGGUCUCACGUAUGUAUGCAAACCUUAAGCUGUUUUCCCGGGGCACUAUGCAGGCUGGGUUAGCACAGCAUGGGAAACUGAGUCCACUCUUCUUCGUUUCACAGGUUACUACUCUGUCGAUUAUCCAGACUGGCCUAUAUACCUGCGUAACAGAUACACAUCUCUCUUUCUCAUUGCUAAGUCGGUUCUCCUAUUACUGUCUGUUAUAAUUACCAUCUGGGUAAAGCACAAAUAUCCUAACUUGGUUCUUUUGGACUAAAGCUGUGGUUGGGGGACAACUGAAUCACAUGCGGCUAUUUAAAAACUUUUCAAUAAAAUCUCAGUCAAAAGAA